UCCCAUUAUUAUAAGCCGUAUACUUCUUUUGUGUCAACCGAGAAAUCGUUAAAAUAAUGUCAGGAGCUGCCAAAGCAUUGCCCUUUAAAGUAUUCCAGUUUAAGCCCACAACACCUGCUCGUCUCACGGGCGGCGCCAUUAUUGUUUUGCAAGAAUGGUGGGGCAUCAACGACCAGAUUAAGAGUCAUGCCCAACGUCUCGCCGACCAUACUGGUGCUUUUACAGUGGUGCCCGAUUUGUAUAAAGGCAAGCUGGGUCUGAAUGCGGAGGAAGCGAGCCACUUGAUGAACGGCUUGGACUGGAAAACGGCCAUUAACGAGUUGGAUGAAUUGGCAGCAAAUUUGCGUGAGGCAAAAUACUCCAAAAUUGGCUCGAUUGGUUUUUGUAUGGGUGGUGGUCUUUCGUUGGCUCUGGCCUCUCGUUUAGCUGAAACGCGUCACCCUCUGCGAGCGGCUGUCGCAUGCUACGGUACCCCUCCUGGUGAUAUCUUUGAUGUAAGAAAGAUUACAAAGAUCACUCCCGUUCAGGGCCAUUUCGGUGGCAAGGAUAAAAUGGCCGGUUUCAGUGAUCCCGGGGCAGCGGACGCAUUGGAGUUCAAUUUGCAUAGCAAUAAGGCCGCCGAUGCCACGAUUUACAGAUAUCCAGAACAAGGCCACGCGUUCAUGAACGACGAUGACUGGAGUAUCAAUCAACGCAAAGAGCUUGGAUUUGUUGACCGCAAUGUGGACGUGAGAACAGCCGAAAAGGCCGCCCGCGAUCUCGCCUGGUCAAGAAUCUUUGACUUUUUCGUCAAGAAUCUGGGCGGUGAUCAGAGCGUAGGUAGAGAAUACACCACUGCGGGUGGACUUUAAUAAUACAGUCAAUAGAAAGAGCUGCAAUACAGGCAG